AUCGAAACUUGCUACAAGUGACACCUUGGGGGAAAUACUCUGGCUAUAUUUGUACAUUUCGUUUCUGCAGUGUUUAAAUUUUGAUCUUCAUUUUUCUCUGCUCCACGUCAAAUGGUUGGAUUUUACUUACUUUACAGCAGUGGAAAAGGGAUAUAAUGUGUUUUGCUUUUGCUAUGUUCUAAAUACGGAGUCUUGUAUGGGAGGACCGAGCUGGAGACAGGCCACCUGCCGUUACUAUUGACUAACCAAGAUUGAUGGGACAUCUAUUGUGGGCACCAAUAGCAGUAUGCCCAUAAUAUCAACACACAGGUCCUCAUUACAAAUGAUGAAGAGUAGGGGGUCCAUGCACUGACCCUUGAGGUGACCUUUUGUGCAAGACCGAAGAAGCAGUAACACCUCUGGACUUUAACUUCUGGUAACUCCAGAGAGAAGUAAAGUCUGAGAAGAAACAAUGGCGGAGGUUCGACGAGACAGCAGCAGCAGUUUACAAAGAAAAAAGCCACCGUGGUUAAAACUAGAUAUACCAGCACCUGGGUCACAUACGGAAGAAGUUACCUUUGUUCAGCCAUUCAAACGACAAGCCUUUCUGAGAAGUGUCAGUAUGCCUGCUGAAAACACUCGACUUCCAUCCCUUGCAAAUGAACAGAGACGACCAGUUUUACAACGACAGGCCUCAAUAACACAGACAAUAAAAAGCAAGCAGGUGCGAUUUGAGAGAAUCAGUACCAUGCCCAUCAAGGGUUAUCGAGCUAGCCGAAGAGUGUUGAGAAAACGCCAUUCCCUUUCCAGAGUUCUUUUCAGGGGUACAGCAGACUGGUUUGGGGUUAGCAAGGACAGUGAUGCAACGCAAAAAUGGCAGAGAAAAAGCCUCCGCCACUGCAGUCAACGAUACGGAAAGCUGAAACCUCAAGUCAUCAGGGAAAUGGACCUGCCAAGUCAGGACAACAUCUCGCUCACCAGCACAGAGACUCCUCCCCCACUUUAUGUGGGGCCUACUCAAAUAGGCAUGCAGAAGAUAAUUGACCCCCUUGCACGAGGACGGGCAUUUCGUAUGGCAGAUGACAACGAUGGGUACAGUGUCCCUCAUACACCAAUUACUCCUGGUGCAGCAUCCCUUUGCUCUUUUACAAGCUCUCGGUCUGGGUUCAAUAGGGUGCCACGAAGGAGGAAGCGGGAAUCUGUGGCUAAAAUGAGUUUUAGAGCAGCAGCUGCUCUUGUGAAGGGCCGAUCUCUCAAAGAAAGCACCCUCCGACGGGCCCAAAGACGCAGCUUUACUCCUGCCAGCUUCAUGGAAGAGGACACAGUUGACUUUCCAGAUGAGCUGGACACAUCUUUUUUUACAAGGGAAGGAGUUCUACAUGAAGAGCUGUCCACAUACCCCGACGAGGUGUUUGAAUCCCCUUCAGAAGCUGCUGUAAAGGAGACGGAGGCCAAACCUUCAGAGCAAGCUGAUCUAACAGGAAGCGCCUUAGAUAAAAGUGAACUUGAAAGGAGUCACUUAAUGCUUCCACUGGAGAGAGGUUGGCGUAAAACAAAAGAAGGGCCCCCUGUCCAACCUAAAGUGCGUUUACGUCAGGAAGUAGUGAGUGUAAGUGGACAGAGGAGAGGGCAGCGCAUUGCUGUACCUGUCAAGAAACUGUUUGCCAAGGAGAAGAGGCCGUAUGGGUUAGGUAUGGUGGGAAAGUUAACAAAUCGGACAUAUCGCAAAAGGAUAGACAGCUACGUCAAACGACAAAUUGAAGACAUGGACGACCAUAGGCCGUUUUUUACAUACUGGAUAACCUUUGUACACCUACUGAUCACAAUUCUAGCACUAGCCAUUUAUGGGAUUGCUCCAGUUGGAUUUUCACAACAUGAAACUGUAGAUUCCGUUCUAGGAAAUAAGGGUAUUUAUGAAAAUGUAAAACAUGUGCAACAAGAAAAUUUCUGGAUUGGACCAAGUUCUGAAGCUCUCAUACACCUUGGUGCUAAAUUUUCCCCAUGCAUGAGACAGGACCAGCAGGUACACAAUUUAAUAAUGAAGAAAAGGGAAGAGGAGAAACAUUCAGCAUGCUGUGUGCGGAACGACAGGUCGGGAUGUGUGCAGACAUCGGAGGAAGAAUGCUCUUCAACACUAGCUGUUUGGGUUAAGUGGCCCCAACAUUCCAGCACACCACUGAUGGCUGAUAGAAACAAGAGACAGUUUGGAUCUGUUUGUCACCAAGACCCAAGGUUCUGCCUUGAACCAGCUUCAGUGCCUCCUCAUGAAUGGCCUGAUGAUAUCUCCAAAUGGCCGGUAUGUACAAAGAGUGGUGCAGAGAACGGUACCAAUCUCCCGCACAUAGACUGCGAUAUAACAGGCAGGCCCUGCUGUAUCGGUACUAAGGGAAGGUGUGAAAUCACAUCCCGGGAGUAUUGUGUCUUCAUGAAGGGCUAUUUCCAUGAAGAAGCCACUCUAUGCUCACAGGUACACUGCAUGGAUGAUGUGUGUGGGUUGCUACCUUUCCUAAAUCCAGAUGUUCCUGACCAGUUUUACAGACUCUGGCUUUCUCUCUUUCUCCACGCAGGAAUUUUGCACUGUCUAGUAUCAGUCUGCUUCCAAAUGACAAUCCUACGAGACCUUGAGAAGCUGGCAGGCUGGCAUCGAAUCUCUAUUAUCUACAUCCUCAGUGGCAUCACAGGAAAUCUGACCAGUGCUAUAUUUCUGCCUUAUAAAGCGGAGGUUGGACCUGCUGGAUCACAGUUUGGAAUCUUGGCAUGCCUCUUUGUGGAACUCUUCCAGAGUUGGCAAAUUCUAGCACGUCCUUGGAGAGCCUUCCUUAAACUCUUUGCAGUGGUAGUUUUCCUUUUUGCAUUUGGUCUUCUACCUUGGAUUGACAAUUUUGCCCACAUCUCAGGCUUCAUCAGUGGAUUCUUUUUAUCAUUUGCUUUUCUGCCUUAUAUCAGUUUUGGGAGAUUUGAUAUGUACCGCAAACGAUGCCAAAUCAUCAUAUUUCUCCUCAUAUUCAUCGGACUAUUUGCUGGUCUGGUGAUCUUGUUCUAUGUUUACCCCAUCAAGUGUGGGUGGUGUGAAUACCUGACUUGUUUUCCAUUUACAGACAAAUUUUGUGAGAAAUAUGAUCUUGAUACUGACCUCCACUGAAACUGAAAUUACCUGCCGGCAGGAGCUGAAAUCAACAAUAAUCUUUUAAGUGCAUGGAAGACAUGACAAGGCUGUAGCUACAUCACUACAGAAUAAAAUGUAACACUCUACCAGUAUUUAAUGUCAUGACCAGUUUAACUUCCCCUCGGUUUUCAGCCACUUUGAAUUUUAUGCACAGCACUUGUCAAGCCAGGCUCUUUGAUCUCAGAGGACUGUGAACUCGUACCCCGAGCACAGAACAUUGGUGCCUUCUCUCCUACCACUGAAUCCGGAUUUUGUGAUGCCAUAUUUUUAUUACACACUAGCUCAAGCACUAAAUUUUUAACCAACAUUGUUUACUACUGCUAAGGUGGUGAUGAAAUUGAAGGUAGUGUUUUAGCUACCAUUUAAUUGUACUGCAAAAUACAAAAAAAAAAAAAGA